GCCACCAUGCCCAGCCAAUUUUUGUAUUUUUAGUUGAGAUGUGGUUUUGCCAUGUUGGCCAGGCUGGUCUUGGAACUCCUGACCUCAGGUGAUCUGCCUGCCUUAGCUUCCCAAAGUGUUAGGAUUACAGGUGUGAGCCAUUGCACCUGGCCUUUUCUUCGUGUUUUGUUAUCAUUAUUAUUUUGGAGUUGGAGUCUCUCUUGCCAAGGCCGGAAUGCAGUGGCACAAUCUUCAGCUUACUGCAAGCUCCACCUCCCAGGUUCAAGCUAUUCUCCUGUCUCAGCCUCCUGAGUAGCUGGGAUUACAGGCACCUGCCACCAUGCCCAGUGAAUUUUUGUAUUUUUAGUAGAGACAGCUUUUCACCAUGUUGGCCAUGCUGGUCUUGGACACCUGACCUCAGGUGAUCCACCCCCCUGGCCUCCAAAGUGCUGGGAAUAUGGGUGUGAGCCAUCCCGCCUAGCCGCCUUCAUGUGUUUUGUUUUGUUUUAAAUGAAAGAAACAGUAGCUUGGAACUGGAAAGGGGCUCUUGAGGGGGCACAGGGUUGACCUCUCCCAGGUUACUGAGGAGAGCCAAACCUGCUCAGCCUCCUGGACUUGCCUGUGGGCCACUGAAGAAACCCUAGGUCUUGGUCCCCAGUUCUCCCGAGCCUGGUAUUCCUCUUCUGUCCCAAGUCAAGGGAAGAGCACUAGCAGGUGAAGGGGUGAGCGGCUUGUUGACAUACAAAUUCCAAGUGAUUAGGACCAUAUCUGUCAGGCAGUGCAGGCUGCUGAUAUCAGAUGACCUCAUUAGAGUCUGCCUGGGUGGUGGCAGAGCAUGGCGACUGGAGUUUCCAUGCCCCUUUGUGGGCAGCUUGGGAGGGCAGUGACUUGUAUUUGCCCAAACUCCAAUCAGACAGACUCAGGCAGGUUAACAGGUCAUGACGUCACAGUGUGGCUUCUUGUGGACAGAAUCUGAUGAAGCCCAGGUGGAGCUUUGUUUCUUCUAUUUAUCCACGUAGUACUUAAAGCUCCCAGUCCAGGCCUUUACAUGAAAAUGACCUGAUUUGAACCCAAUGGGGAAUUACCAUGGAAGUCACUGAUCAGAUAAAGUAAGAAUCCAGUUUUUCUCAUCUUCAGAAAACAGAAGCGAAACCGAAGUGACAAGAUUUGACUAGAAAGUGUGGGCUGCUGAGAGCAAGACCUAAAUAAGCUUAGUUUCCCAGGCCCAGUGUCCUCUGGUAUUACGACAAUGACAUUAAGUCUUUGAGUGGGCCAGGUCCAUGAUACACAUUCCUUGUGUGACCUUCCUGACUGCAGCAGGUUGGCCAGAUCGUCUCCAUCUUCAGAUGGGCAGAGGGAGGUUGGCUGGCCGCACUGGCUCAUGGUGGGCUGGAGACUGAGUUUGCAUCUUGUUCCUUGCUCCUUGGUGGACUGUAACCUUCUGGUCUGCAGAGCCUGGUCCACGGGGACGAGCAGUCUGGCUAGUUUCUGCUGGCAGGGGCUGGCAGGCUCCCCCCAGCUGCAUCUCUUGUCUCUCUAUCGCUGGCAUCAAGCUCCUUGCCCUGGCAGCCAGGGUCAGUGUCCUCUUGCUCCUGGGAGCCGUGCUCUGUAGAAACUGCUGAGAUGUGCUCUAUGCAGGAGCUAGACAUUUGGAAGCUAUGGGAAGAGGCCAGAAACUCUAAUGAACUCAGCAAUCCAGACUAAUGUCCAUGCCUGCAGCUGCUCCUCACUGCCUGUUAGACACUCCUCAAAAUGUAGCUUCUAAGCAAUUUAUACCCGUAAACAGCAAUAUUGGCACUCAAUGGGUUUUGCCUGGCAGCUCCUCACCAAGGUAACAGAAAAGCUUCAUGGUGGCUUCCUCUCCAGUGUGGCCUUCGGUGUUUUUAACCUCUCCUCAAGAGUAGCAGAGCUAGUCCUGGGCCCUAGGAGCUGGCCUUGGCCCUAGUUGAAGUGCUGGGGAAGUGAGGAUGGUCCUGAGGACACCUGAACCUGCUGGUGGACAGGCACUGUGAGGCUCCUGAUGAACAUCGUGAGGGUGGCAGUCUGGUGUGGUGGGGUCCUGGUGACAGUGGCAGGCCUGUCAUACCCUACUCUGUACUAUGAAGGAGCAAGGAGAGAAGGCAAAGAGGAGCUGACUCACUUUUCUUUGUGUGCUGAUCUUAAUGGGAGGUUAAAACACAUCCACUCCACUCUUUAGGGGAGUGUGGGGGAGAAGCAGGGGAGGUUGUGGUUAGUGGGGCUCCUCCCAGAAGAUGGGGCCCAAUUGUGCUCAGUUACUUCUUUCCUACAGUUGUGAUUUUGAUCACACAGUUAUUUAGUAAAGCCAGGCCAUCAUCUCCCACGUUGGGCUGUGCGACACCUUCUCUGGCCCUGCAGGGUGCAGUGUAAACCUCUAGAGCAGCACGGGAGGGAGGCUCGGGGAAGUUCUGGAGCUGCAGUGAGCCACUGAGGUGGAGCCAGCCCUGACAACCUGAUGUGAGAAGCCGCUGGGCUGCUUCUUUCAUUCCCGUGGUUGCUUUUCCCCGGGUUUAGAUGAGGCGAAGGCCCGUGUCCUCAUUUCUAGGAUGUGUGGGACCUGAGUUGGGCCUUGAGCAAGGCAGCCCCAAUCCUUGGUGAUCAAGGAAAUGUGACCUCCCUUUUUCCUCGAUGUUCUCAUUCACCAUGAAUUUGCAGGCUGCUUUUCUUAAUUGCUUUUUGUCCUGAGUGUGAAGAGAAAGUGUAGUUUUCUGUGUGGUGUGGGAGCUGCAGGUGGCUGUGAUAGCGAUCACUGUGUGCCCACAAAGUCAUCUCUCAGGGUGGAUAUAAUUAUGUUUCUCAAAUCCCCUUCAGUUGUUUAAAAUAACCACCCCUCUGAGAGGAAUCUCAGUCUUCCUAUUAAGCUCUUGAGAUGCUGUCACUGCUUACGAACCAUAUCCUGCUUGAUGGCGCGGUUCUCGGAGAGACUUAAUGAGAAGCUUGGCCACAUAGGUGAGCUAAGUGUGUCAUGUCUUACAGCCUGCCAGGUCAGCAGCCACCUCUGGCUCUGCUGUCAACAGUUCUAUGAUGUGGGGGAGGGGGACUGUCACGGGUUUUAUGUGCUCGCCAUGUUUACACAGGUCACCUGUGUGCUGGCUACCAGCAGUGGGCUGAGUGCCUGCAGUGUGGCUGCUCUUGUCUGUCCCGGGUGCUGUGUGUCAUGCCUGAGUUGGGGGCUCUUCUCUGCUGUGCUGAGAGAACACUGGCUUUGGGACGUGUUCUAGAGUGGCAUGACAUGGGUCCAGUGGCCAAGCUGAAGAAAUUGUGACCAACGUGUGUGGGGAAAGAGGUUCAUGUCGGGCCUGGUCUUUAAACAUGGCUUUUUCAGUGUUAAGUCCAAACAGUCCCCCAUGUUAGGGGAUGCUCAUUAGCUGGUGGCUGGUUUAAAGGAGACUGCAUCAGCCUUACAGGUAGUCAGCCUUCUGUCUGGACCAGGCUUGCCUUUGAAGACCAGAGCAGCUAAGUGGUAGAUAUGCUCAGUUCACAGUGCAGUACCCAAAUUUUUGCAUAUUUUUCCCCAAAGCCAAGAGCUGUGUCUGUCUUGUCACCACGUGACAAGGGAAGGAGGUGUGAAUUGGCUGCCCCACCUUCUCUUUUUUGUUCUUUAAUCCUCUUGACCGAGACACUCAAAUUAAGAGCCGCAGACUCAUCAAAGAGACCAUUAAACACCGUCUCAGUCUCAUGGGCUGUACACGUAGCAGAUGAGCAUGUUAAAUGCGGGUCCUGCAGCUAGGGGAGGCUUAAGACUGCAGCCCAUGGCUGGGGCUGGUUUGCUCAUCUGAGGUCAUUGAAUGGCUCACAGCUCUCAUUUUAGAAGCAAGUCAGAACACCUCUGGUGUCUGUCAUGGCUGUGGAUUACAGUAUGCCUCUCUGCUGCUGUUGGGGUGCACACCCUAGGAGUCCCGCCACAGCUCCAUGCCAUCUCAGAGGUCUACACAGCCUCUUGUUGAGCUCUUCCUUCCCUGCAGUUGCUUUUCCCCAGGUUUAGAUGAGGUGAAGUUCCGUGUCCUUGCCAGGGCUUCCUAGCUAGGCCGCGACACAAAGGCCGUUACUUGAGAACAGUGGCACAUCACGUGGCAAGGUAGUGUACUUUAUCUCUUCCACGGAAUAUGGGUGAUUACACUGUUGCUGGGCAUUUAGAAAGCAACGGGGCCGUGAGGCAGAACCUGGGGAGGGUGUGUGGUGUCAUGUUUUCCCACCUCCCAGUGUGAUGUGGGCAUCUUGUGCUGGUCCUCUGCAUUGGCUCUGACAUUCACAGGGGAGUAUGUGGGGUCUUUUAAAAAAUAAAAUAUAGAACAAGGUCUUGCUCCUAGUGAGGUUGGAAAGAAUCUUAGCAACCAUUAGUUCAUCUGGCCUCACUCUACUGUAGGAUAGUAGAGAUGCUAUCUCAAACGGCUUGGUGAUUCCCUGGGUAUCUGUCGGUCACUGUGAUGUCCCCCAUCACUUCAGUGGAGGCAAAGGUUGAGUAAAGUUGUGUAGAACUGACACUGCAGAGUGCAGGCUUACUGGGUUUGGGGAGAAUGGCCACUUGGCUUUGUAAUCUUCACCUCUACCCCCCUACCACACAGGAGCCAAUUUGCAGUUCUGACCUAGCCAGGGCCCCACUUGACAGGCUGGAGGGUGAUCUGAACAGCCAGGGCUUGUUAACUGAGAUGGGAGCCUCAGCAGUGUCUAGGAGUUUGAAGCAACUUGAAAGAUGGUGAAAAGUAAGAAGCACCUAGGCACAUCUUCUUUUAUUCCAACAGUAGGUUUAGUCAGCCUUAGGAGGGACUGUGCAGCUGACGUUUGCUCGCCUCACCUGCGGGGGUCAGGCUUUCGGGGGCUCUUUAGACUCUGGCUUCCCAACUUGCAUUCGGGUCCCCUGAUCUUACUCCGAAGGACUUGCUGUGUUACAUGAUUUCUUUCCCUUGAUAUCUCAGUUUUGCAUGAAUGAUAAGAGUGCAUGGGGUAAACCUGUGUGACGUUUGUACCAGGCAUCCAGUAGUGCAUGUUGGCCACCGAACCCAGCGGUCAUAAAUGACCUGACUCACAGGACAGCAGGAAGUCAUAAAUGUUUUCUUUGCCUUUGACCUUUAACAGCAAUUUCAUACACUUGCAUUUCAUUGCUGUUGAAACAGCUGUCCAUCCCAUUUGUUAAUGUGUAUUAAUUUACUCAAGAUUAUGCAGGCUUUGACAAAAUCCCAGUGCUUUCUAGCCAUUAGCAGUACCAGCUCCAUGCUGCGCUGACAGUUGCCGUGUACACUUGGGGACUGUCAGGAUCUGACAUGCACUCUGCAGAACCUGGGGCUUCCUCCUCCUGCUCUGGAGAUUUUUGGCUAACAGCAAACAUGUGAUCUUACCAUUCAGUCAACCAUGUGGUCCUCUAGGCCUGGGACCCUGGCUGUCACCUAAGCCAAUCCUUGUUCUGUCGGGGUGUUCUGGGCAUCACCGGGCAGGCUGAGAGGUCCAGGCCUUGGCACCUCAGCCAUGUAUGACCUGCAAGCUGAGGUUAGGUCUUGGCAUUGCACCGUCAGGAAACCCCUUCCCGCUGGGCUUAGUAUGCCCAUUUGUAAGGUGAGGGGUUGGACCAGAGCAGUGGGGAUGCCUGGCAAAGUGCAGUGGUGCCUCAGUAGGGAGGGUGCUGCUGGCAUGUCACGGGCAGAGGCCAGGCUUGCUGUGUCAUAGCCUGUAGCACCCAGGAUGACCCAUGGCAAAGAGUGGCCCAGCCUCAGAUGCCAGUAGUGCCGAGGUGUGGAAACCCUGGAUAGAUGACCUCUAAGUGCCUUUUCAGAUGUCAUUCUGUGAUUCCAAUUUGUAAAUGCCCUUGACCGAAAAGAGAAGCUCUGUGUCUUGUGGCAGUGCCAACUCCGAUGACUGUAGUUGCCUGCCAAGGCACUGGAGGAAAUCACAGUGGCAGAGUGUUAGGGCUGCUGCCCUAUGGGGCCUGCACCAGAGUGCUCAGUGCUAUGUCAUGCAUCGCUGGGACUGAUACUUGGAUUGUCAUCUGUGUCCAGGCUCAUGGGGUAGCACUCGGGAGCAAGCACUCAGAGCCCCCUAGUCUGUCCUCAGAAGGGGCCGGGACUGACCAAAGCUCUUACCUUCCACAGCGUCUGUUCCUCAUGCACAUCCUGCCCAAGGAUGUGCCCAGCUGCGGUCUGGGGCUCCCUGUCACAGUCACCUCACCUUUGAGUUUCUGUGGCCCUGCAGUUCCUCCGUGUCAUAAAGCAGUACCUGCCCAACAUGGUGCACCUCUAUCUGAUCGGCACUUUCCUGGAGGAUGGCAUCCGCAUGUGGUUCCAGUGGAGGGGCCAGUGCGGCUACAUCGACACCACCUGGAACUGCAGCUACCUGCUGGCCUCGUCCGUCGUCUUCCUCAACUUGCUGGGACAGCUGACUGGCUGCGUCCUGGUGUUAAACAGGAAGUUCGUGCAGUACGUCUGCUUCGGCCUCUUUGGAAUCAUAGCUCUGCAGACGAUUGCCUACAGCAUUUUAUGGGACUUGAAGUUUUUGAUGAGGAACCUGGCCCUGGGAGGAGGCCUGUUGCUGCUCCUAGCAGAAUCUCAUUUUGAAGGGAAGAGCAUGUUUGCGGGCGUCCCCACCGUGCGUGAGAGCUCCCCCAAACAAUACAUGCAGCUUGGAGGCAGGGUCUUGCUGGUUCUGAAGUUCAUGACCCUCCUUCACUUUGACGCCAGCUUCUUUUCUAUAUUUCUGUUUGCCUGA